CCUCCUCAUUGGCCGACCUCAUCACAGGCUAUCCCCUCUUCAGUCUAUCCAUUCCAUUUCUGCCACCCCUCUCUGCCAAUCCCUCCACUGGCCUCCACUCUGUGUCCUCCACCCCCCUCUCUGCCAAUCCCUCCACUGGCCUCCAUUCAGUGUCCCCCAUCCUCCACUGGCUUCCACUCAGUGUCCUCCACCCCUCUUCUCUGCCAAUCCCUUCACUGGCCUCCACUCAGUGUCCUCCAUCCAUCUCUGCCAAUCCCUUCACUGGCCUCCAAUCAGUGUCCUCCACCCCUCUCUGCCAAUCCCUCCACUGGCCUCCACUCAGUGUCCUCCACCCCUCUCUGCCAAUCCCUCCCCUGGCCUCCACUCAGUGUCCUCCACCCCUCUCUGCCAAUCCUUCCACUGGCUUCCCAU